GGCACCACCACUCAUUGUCCACUGAACCAGACUUAACAGACUAAUGCUGCUCUAGUAGAAUUAUGUGUAUGAAUAGUUUCACAUACACAUACAUAUGCAGUCUUGUCUUUUUUGCAGACCCCAUACCGUACUUCUUAAAAUAUGUCUGACAGAUGGAGAUUGUUUGAAGAAGAUUUCCAUUUUGAGGUCGUUGCUGAGCAGGAGGCCCUCAAUUACAGAAGUUUUGAAAAAUCAACUCCACUACUAAAUUGCUCAGGAAGAGGGAAAAGAAAAUGUAAACUAAGACUUCAAGAUAUGAGGCUGCCAGAUGCCCUGAAAGUGGAGCUACUCCAGCAGCAACAGGCUCUAUUGCCCAAAGUGGGAAAGGGAAGAGCACGGUUACUGACAGACAAAAGACAAAACACUGACCACAAACCAGGAAAACUAGGGUUCCCUAAAGACAAAUCAUCUACCUCUCCUGCAAGUGGUUCUGAAAACUUAUUGGAAUUAUCAAAAUGCAGCACUAGUCUUCAAAAUUCCAGUUUGCCUUCUUCAAUUUUAUUAGAACCUUUUGAAUCUUCUUCUUAUCAAGGAUUUGGUCAUGUGAAAAAAAGGGACACUGAUCCAAAAUUCACUGAAGAAGACUUUCCAAAGCUUGCAAAUGCCCAGAAACCACCUAGUGAUACAAAAGUCACUUCGACUAAAAGCAAAAUUAGACAUAAAGCAAAGAAAAAACAUGUAAAGAAUGCUGAAGCAAAUUUUUCUGAAAAUACAGAGGAUACUGAUUUUUCCAUAAAAGGAGACCAUGUGUGCAGAAUAGAAGGAUUGCCUCAAAAACUGUGCAUAAAAGAAUUAAGAGAAUUUUUAAUAAAUUAUGGACAAGUUGUUGAAGUGAAAUUGUGUGAAAGGGAAAAGGACAGUGUUGCAUUAGUAAAACUCGGCACUGCAGAAUCUGCAGAAUGGUUGGUGGACUGCUUGGAUGGAUCAGAUGCUGUUUUUAAUGAUUCUGAACAACCAGUUAAGUGCUCCAAGUUAUCUUGAGAGAGUUUGAGAGGCCUUCCCAAAGCAAGGACACCAAGGAAUUUUCUUCAACAAGCCUUAGUAUCUUUGUACGCUUCCUUCCGACUGUCAUCUUGUUUUUUAACAAAAUCGUAAUAGCUCUCAUUCAGCCAUGAAGUAUUUUAAAGAAUUGAUAUCAUUUAUGCAGUCUUUUUAAAAGUGAUUUGAAUGUCUUUUUUAAGUGGUGAAUAUAUUUAAAAAAUGAUGUUUAUUUGCAUAUAUAUAUGC